GCCGUGUUUCGCGGAGCUCGGGCUGUCAUCGUGGCUAGUGGAACAAUGUCGGCAGUUGGGUCUGAAGCAGCCUACGCCCGUGCAGCUCGGCUGCAUCCCCGCCAUCCUGGAGGGGACUUCCAUUCAGCCUGAGCUGUUGUGAACUGUGCCCGAUGGAACCUUUGUUCUCCCUCUGGAGGUGUUGAUGCUGCUCUGUCCUCUGCCAGGUCGGGACUGCCUGGGCUGUGCCAAGACUGGCAGCGGCAAGACAGCGGCGUUCGUCCUGCCGAUCUUGCAGAAGCUAUCUGAGGAUCCCUAUGGCAUCUUCUGCCUUGUUCUGACACCCACCAGGGAGCUGGCCUACCAGAUCGCAGAACAGUUCCGGGUCCUGGGAAAGCCUCUGGGCUUGAAGGACUGCAUCAUUGUCGGCGGCAUGGACAUGGUGACCCAGGCGCUGGAGCUCUCUCGGAAGCCACACGUGGUUAUCGCCACGCCAGGGCGCCUGGCUGACCACCUCCGCAGCUCCAGCACCUUCAGCAUCAAGAAGAUCCGCUUCCUGGUGCUGGACGAGGCAGACCGCCUGCUGGAACAGGGCUGCACGGACUUCACCACAGACCUGGAGGUCAUCUUGGGGGCAGUGCCAGCCCGCAGGCAGACACUGCUGUUCAGCGCCACGCUGACCGACACGCUCCGUGAGCUACAGGGCCUAGCCACCAACCAGCCCUUCUUCUGGGAGGCGCAGGCACCGGUCCGCACAGUGGAGCAGCUGGACCAGCGCUAUUUGCUGGUACCUGAGAAGGUGAAGGAUGCCUACCUGGUGCACCUGAUCCAGGGCUUCCAGGAUGAACAUGAGGACUGGUCCAUUAUCAUCUUCACCAAUACCUGCAAGACCUGCCAGAUCCUGUGCAUGAUGCUGCGCAAGCUCAGCUUCCCCACCGUGGCGCUGCACUCGAUGAUGAAACAGAAAGAACGCUUUGCUGCCCUGGCCAAGUUCAAGUCCAGCAUCUACCGGAUCCUGAUUGCAACGGAUGUGGCAUCCCGGGGCCUGGACAUUCCCACUGUGCAGGUGGUCAUCAACCACAACACCCCGGGGCUCCCCAAGAUCUACAUCCACCGUGUCGGCCGCACAGCCCGUGCAGGGCGGCAGGGCAUGGCCAUCACGCUGGUGACGCAGUAUGACAUCCACCUGGUCCACGCCAUCGAGGAGCAGAUCAAGAAGAAGCUGGAUGAGUUCUCAGUGGAGGAGGCGGAAGUGUUGCGGAUCCUCACGCAGGUCAACGUGGUGCGGCGGGAGUGUGAGAUUAAACUGGAGGCAACCAACUUUGACGAGAGGAAGGAGAUCAACAAGCGGAAACAGCUGAUCCUAGAGGGGAAGGACCCCGACCUGGAGGCCAAGCGAAAGACUGAGCUGGCCAAGAUCAGGCAGAAGAAUCGGCGCUUCAAGGAGAAGGUGGAGCAGACGCUACAGCGGCAGAAGGCCAGUGGGAGGCCCAGGGGGCGCCCACCUAGGGCCCAACCAGGGUCCCACACAGUGCUGCCCUCCCAGGGCCCAGCCUGAGUCCACCUAGGACCCACCUGGGACUACUUCAUUGAGCCAAGGGUCUGAGGGAGCCAUCAAGACACCCAGAACUACCUCCUCUGGGCAGAGCUGUCCCCCGUCCCCUGGCCUGCCAGUCCUCCUCAGGGACCAUCUCAGUGAGCAGCCGGUGUCUUCCAUCCUGUGACCCUGAGCCAGCCCACAGUACUGAGGUCGAACCAGACUCAACAUCCAGCGGCCUUGGCCCAGGGUCCCCUCUGGCUUUGGUUUCUCCCCUUAUUGUCGACGAGGUUCAUCUCACCUCAUGGGGAGGGGGUUUGUCAGCCUCCAGGAUGACAUGUGUCACAUGCAGGAGGUGUUCAAUAAAUGCUUUUUGCCAUC